AUUAAACAUAUUUGUUCAGUUAAAAAAGCACAUUGUUUUCAAAUCGAAUAAUCAUGUUUACCAAUAAGAAAUGGUUGGUAUAUAGUUCGCCAGUAUAAUUAUGAUCGAGAUGCAGACAUGCAAUACAAAUUGAUACAUUACACCACUAAAAUGAAAAUUUAAUCAGUACCCUUUCAUGUACACAGGAAGAUAAUAAAAAGAAUUUCGAAGUGAUGAAAUUCAGUACUACUCUACUUGGAUUUGUCAUAUUACCAUUAACACUCCUAUUACAUGAAGUCAGCGGCCAAGAGGCAGUUGUCUUCAAUUUGAAAGGAUUCAUUCUGGAUGUUUGGUUAGCCCUUUGUCUUCGACUAAAUGACACAUGGGGUUGCUUUUUAAAUGCGUUGCCACCGUUGCUUGGAGGAAAAAAUAGAACAUGUAUAAGUAAAAACAAUGCGAGAACGAUGUAAACAUUUUCAUUUUAGGUAUUUCGCUGCAAAUGCCCGGCUCAUCGUAGACUUCAAUUUGGGGAAUUACAAACAGCAAAUGAUGAAAUGAUGAAAGUACUAAAAUAUGAAAUAAAAUGUCUUUUACUCAUAAAUAUAACGUAUUUUAUAAUUUUAGUACAUUUCAUUUGUUCACUGAAAAUAUUUCAUUUAAUAUGUCCAAAACUUGGGCACUGUAGUGGUAAGUAAUUCCACAUUAGUUUGUUUAGUAGAUGUAUCACACAGUGAGUGAAACAGUAUUAUUAUUUACUGGAUGACGAGGUUUCAAACAAAAUUUAUUGUUCAUAAUCAUAUCAACUAUGCUCACACUACUUGGAAACUUGAGUUCUAUAGUUUUCUUUGUUCUAUCCUAUUUGCAAUCUUAAGGGUGCUAGAAUUUUCCAGUUAUCUGCGACAGGUCUUGAAUCAUUCCUAUACAUGUAUUUGCAGUUGAUUCGUUAAAAAAAGCUAUUUAAUUCACUUAUGAAUCGGAAAGUCACGAAAGGGGGGGG